AUGUUUUUUUCAAUAGCUUCGGUUGCAACUUUGCGCAGGCCAGCAACAGGCGCAUCGCGCGCUCUUUUGAGGAACCGACGAGGCCUGCUAACCCUCGCAAUUGAAACAUCCUGUGACGACACAUCGGUGGCGAUUGUCGAGAAGCAGAACCAAAGCUCAUUUGCCAGCAAUUCCAAAAUCCACUUCCUUGAAAAUAUCACUUGCGAUUCGCGAGCCCAUCGCGGUAUUCAUCCGAUCCUUGCGCUCGAAUCCCAUCAAGAGAACCUAGCGAAUCUCGUCGAUAAAGCCCUCAGGCAUCUGCCGGCCUCAAAGGAUGGAGAUAAAUCGAUAAACCUAGCGGAUGGCUCCAGUCGCCAGCGACCGGAUUUCAUCUCCGCAACUCGGGGACCUGGAAUGCGCUCCAACCUGUCAGUCGGCCUCGACACUGGAAAAGCUCUCUCGGUUGCUUGGCAAAUCCCCCUGGUCGGAGUUCACCAUAUGCAAGCACACUUGUUGACCCCCCGGCUGGUGUCAUGCUUGGACAAAGGCAGUGAUGUGGAGGCAUCUAGAACUGUGGGACCCCAUUUCCCAUUCCUGUCUAUUCUUGUAUCGGGCGGUCACUCAAUUCUAGUGCACUCCAAAUCUUUAAUAGAUCACACUAUCAUGGCUUCUAGUGAUGAUAUCGCAAUAGGUGAAACUUUGGACAAAGCGGCUCGUGAGAUACUCCCCGAGGCCUUAUUACAGGAGGCAAAGAACACCAUGUACGGCAAGACUUUGGAACAGUUUGUCUUUCCCAAUGGCCCAAAAGAUUUUGCAGAUUACCGCCCCCCAAUGAACCGGGGCGAGGAGGUAAUCAAGCGAAAAAGCGCAUGGGGAUGGAGUGUAACUACGCCAUUUGCAAACACACGGGCACUACAACUCAGCUUCUCGUCCAUCGCGAGCAUGGUGAACAAAAUCGUCAAAGAUCGGGAAGGUCAAUUAUCUCAUAAUGAACGGGUUGACCUCGGAAGAGAGGCAAUGCGCGUCAGCUUUGAACACCUUGCAUCACGAACUAUCAUUGCGUUAGAAGCUCUACGGGUGAGAAACCGCGAUGAAAACGAGAUCAAGACACUCGUUGUUAGUGGUGGCGUUGCUGCAAACAAGUUCCUUAUGACUGUGCUGCGCUCAUUCUUAGACGUGCGCGGAUUCGAGCACAUGGAAAUUGUUGCGCCCCCUCCUUAUCUGUGUACUGACAACGCAGCCAUGAUUGGGUGGGCAGGGAUUGAAAUGUUCGAGGCCGGUUGGCGGACGGAUCUAAGUUGUCGCGCUCUCCGCAAAUGGACCUUGGAUCGAGAGGCCGAUGAUGGAGGAGUGUUAGGGCCUGGUGGGUGGAUUAUGGAUGGAACCGCUCUUUGA